AAGCGCUGUUGCCACCAAGAUAAAUUCUCAAAGUCUAGUAUGUGGCGAGGAGUCUCAGCGCAGCGUGGGGAAGGCCGAAGAGGUGCAGCACUGCACCAGGCUGCCGCAACGCACCUUCCAGAGGAAGAUGAUGCCUCUGAUAGGUCAUCAGCAUCAUCGCAGGGCGCGCCCGCUGCAACCCCAGCCGCUGCCAGCACCCGCACAGGGGCGGCGGCCCCCUCUGGCGGCUGCGGCCCUGUGCCGUGGCUGCAGUGGCCGAUGAGGGGCCCGGCGCCGCCGCCCUCCGCACACACACAAACCCGCACACCCGCAUCCGCCCCGCCACCCACACCGUCGGUCCGGCCGCCGCCCGCACCAGCAGGCCCCGCCAGUGCCACCACAGCCGCUCGUGCUGCUUCCGCCGCUGCUGCUACUGCUUCCGCCGCUGCCACUGCGGCGGCCCCAACAGCCGCCAGCCAACAGGCGCCCGCAGCUGCGGUGGUAGCAGUGGUGGAGGGCAGGGCGGACAGCGGUGCCAGCGCCGGCACCAGCAACCGCGGUGGCGGGGAGGGCGGCGCCGGCACGAGCAACGCUUUGGUGGUGUACCGGCCGCCACUGCUGCCUGCAGAGGUGGUGGUGCAGGUGGCGGGGCGGGUGGCGGGAACGGCUUGGACGGCGCUCAAGCUGCUGCACCGCUACACGCUGGUGCCCGCGGCGUCGUGGGCGCUGCGCAGCCUGAGGGCGUUCAUGGAGGAGCGGGUGCGGGUGCAGCGCGCACUGGCCUCCCGCGCACUGCACGUGCCGCGUCUGGAUGAGCCACAGCUCCGACCCGCCGCCGACACAUUCAGCCCCAGCCGCCGCACCGUCGCCAGCCCCUUCGGACUGGUGUUCUACAGCGCCACCCUCAGGCUGCCGGCCACAGAGGUGGCGCCGCCGGCGCCGCCGGGCGGCGGGCGUGCCGGCGGCGGCGGCGGCGGCGUGUGGGGGCUUCUGGGCUUGGGUGGUGGAGGCGGGGGUGGAGGCCAAGGAGGUGGAGGUGGAGGCGGCGCGGCGACGGGUCGCAAGGUGCUGGCGGAGGUGGAGGUGGCGGUGCGGCAGACGAUGCUGUGGUCCAUGGCAGACGUGGACGACUUCUUUGCCGAGGCGGGCGCCGGCUGGCAGUUUCUGGCCCGACUGGAGGUCACGGCGCCAGCCGCCGCAACCCGUGCUACUGCCAACACCGCCGCUCGCGGGCAGCGUGCUGCUACUGCCGCCGGCAGCAGCGACAGCAGCAGCAGUGCGGCACGCGUGGUGCGCCCGUGCGCCAAUGUGGUGUCGUACAUCGGGUGCUGCCCGGCGUCGGCGGCGCACGUGUACGAGCGGCCGGAGUACGAUGCCGUACUGCGUACGGCGCUGUUGCCGUGCGGCGCCGGCUUUCUGGCGUUGGGGUUGGACCGGUGGGAGGUGCGGCUGGCGCUGUGUGGGCAGCUGGUGGCGGCGGCCAGGGAGCUGGUCAAGCGGGGCGUGGUGGCCAGGGACCUCAACACCAGCCACGUCAUCCUGCAGCUUCAGGACCCCUCCACCUCCUCCGCCUCCUCCUCCACCUCCUCCAACCCCACCCCUUCCUCCGCCUCCGCCUCCGCCUGUGGGCUGCUGGCGCUGCUGGCCCCCGGCUGCGGCCUGCGCGAGCUGCCGCCGCUGCGCGAGAUCACGCUGGAGCCGCCGCAGCAGCAGCAGCAGCAGCAGCAGCAGCCAGAGGACCGCCGCACCCCGGCGCCCGGCGGGGCAGCGGGCUCCGGUGAGGGUGUGGCUGUGCCGGUGGAGGCGGACGUGCUGGCCCGGAACACGCGGGUGGCGGCCAUGGCCCGCGGGCUGGGCGACGUGCUGCUGCAGCUGCUGACCGGCCCUGACGCCACGCCCUCAGCCGGCACCCUGCUGGCGGCGCUGUGUGACGCCGGCGCCGCUCGCCUGACGGCCGCGGCGCGCGCCGCGCCGCCGCUGACGGAGGAGGCGGCCUUCCCGCUGCUUGCCGCCGUGCACCCCCUGCUGGUGUGGGGUCAGGCGGGCGAGGGCAGUGCCAGCAGCAGCUCAGCGGGCGGCGCCGCCACAAGGCGAGGCGGCGGGGAGACUGCGGGUGGCGGCAGUGCAGUGGCCAGGGAUGCGGCGCCGCUGCUGCAGCAACACCUAGCGGAGGUGGCGGCGGCCGUGGCGGAGGCGGAGCUAGCAGUGGAGGCGGCGGCGGCGGCGGGAAGCAGGCGGCCCCAACCACAGCCGCAGCCUGUGCAGCCGCCUCAGCCGCAGCAGCAGUACCCGCCGGCCGCGGCAGUGGCCACUGCGGAAGACCCGUUCGCAGACGCCACCGCACCGCCGCUGCCGCCGCCGCCGCCCAGCGCGCUUGACGGCUACCCCUACCCCCACCCGCCCCACCAGCGGCCGCAGCCGCACACGCCCAGUGCGCCGUCGCCGCCAUCCUGGCAUGUGCCGCCCAUUCCCAGCCCUUCUCCCUUCCCUCCUCCUUCCGCAACCACCGCCAACCCUACUCCCGCCAACCCCACCUCGCCUGCACCCGCCACCGCCGCCGCUGCACCGCCUGGCGAGCUGGUGUGCCCCAUCACACAGGAGCUGUUCGAGGACCCGGUGGUGGCGGCGGACGGCCACAGCUACGAGCGAGCCGCCAUCGCCAGGUGGCUGGCCGACGGGCUGCGCACGGGGCGGCCGGCCAGCUCGCCGCUGACGGGGGCGGCGCUGCCGCACACCGCGCUCACGCCCAACUACGCGCUGCGCGGGCUGGCGCGGGAGUGGCGGGAGCGGCACCCCAACGGGUGAAGGAUGGGCCUGUGCGCGGGAGUGGCGGGAGCGGCACCCCAACGGGUGAAGGAUGGGCCUGUGCGCGGGAGUGGCGGGAGCGGCACCCCAACGGGUGAAGGAUGGGCCUGUGCGCGGGAGUGGCGGGAGCGGCACCCCAACGGGUGAAGGAUGGGCCUGUGCACGGGAGUGGCGGGAGCGGCACCCCAACGCGUGAAGGAUGGGCCUGUGCGCGGGAGUGGCGGGAGCGGCACCCCAACGGGUGAAGGAUGGGCCUGUGCGCGGGAGUGGCGGGAGCGGCACCCCAACGCGUGAAGGAUGGGCCUGUGCGCGGGAGUGGCGGGAGCGGCACCCCAACGCGUGAAGGAUGGGCCUGUGCGCGGGAGUGGCGGGAGCGGCACCCCAACGGGUGAAGGAUGGGCCUGUGCGCGGGAGUGGCGGGAGCGGCACCCCAACGCGUGAAGGAUGGGCCUGUGCAGCAGUGGCGGGAGCGGCACCCCAACGCGUGAAGGAUGGGCCUGUGCGCGGGAGUGGCGGGAGCGGCACCCCAACGCGUGAAGGAUGGGCCUGUGCGCGGGCUAUGGGGUGGUGUACGGUAUGGGAGGGAGAGAUAGAGAUGUGUGGUUGUGUGUGUGUGUGUGUGUGUGUGUGUGUGUGUGUGUGUGUGUGUGUGUGUGUGUGUGUGUGUGUAUGUGUGUGUGUGUCUGUGUGCGUUUGUGUUGAGAGGCACUGGACUGGUACUCUGGUAGUGGAGAGAACUGUGUGUUAAAGAGCACAAGGAUAACGUAGCGCAAAGACAGAGAGAACUGUGUGUGUAUGUGUUUCCAGGUGUGUCUGGGCUUUGUUGGUCGGAACUUUGGCAACUUGAUUGUGGACUAGUGCGUGUUGGCAUCUGGUGUUGGUCUGGGCCUUGCGCGGGCCGGCCAGCGGCCUGCGGGAACCGGCCUGCGGCUGCAGGACUGCAGGGCCCUGCUGCGGUGUGUGUUCAUUGCUCGAAAGCAGCAGCAGUUGCGGCGUGCAUAUGCGUAGCGGAGGGGGCGCGCAAGGCCACGUGGAGGAGGACGACAGGGGCGGCAUUGCCAAGCAAGAAGCGGCCCCGGCGCGCAGGUAGAUUGAGGCCGGCCGGUGUCUGGUUGGCGGUCUUUGCUGGCGAGCUUAGGGCAGCACAGUAUGUGGUUGGCCGCAACAGUGAGGAGUGUUGGAUUUCCUGCUGUUUGGUAGAUUGCUGGCUGUGCUUGAGCUUGGCAGCGCGACAUGGCUGGACGCAUGGCGGGUCGUGCCUGCACGAACCAAACCCGGCGAUGUCCGCGACCUCAGACUGGAGACGUGGCGUGGGCUCAGCUCACGUUUCCCUUGCGCGGGUAAACAUCCUUGCUUGUCUUUUACGAUUUCUCCCCGCCGCUGCCCGCAUGCCACUCAAGCCCAUUUAUCCGCAUCAGUCUCAAUCUGAGCCUC